GUAAGAUAAUUUUGUGAGUAUUUGUGUUUAUUCAUUUAAAUGGAACAGGGGCAUUUCUAUGAUGGAGAAAAGGGCACUGGAUAUUUAGCGUGGCGCCUCAAAACCAUUUCCAGGACUUCAGGAAAACGGCCAAUCAAGGAAGCCUCAGUGCAUCAAGCACAAGGACCAAAGCGCCGAAGAUCAGCAACCACACUGCCUCAGCAGCUGGAUGGAGAUGCCUACAGGGAGGCCAUUUCAUUCCUUGUUCAUUCUCCUGAUGAAGCAAGUGUAUUUCAGAAGAUGAAGAUGACGUUUCAACACCGUCAGGACCUAGUGCAUGACCCACAAAGAAGCACAGAUGUCUUCAAAACAUUUCCACUCUUUUUAGAUGUCAAAGGACUGGUGAAUCAAGACUUCCUGCUGCUGUUUGGUGCUGAAACAGCCUCCAAGAUGCUUGAGAAGUGGGACACCUCAUUCAAGCCCAAGGUCAUCAAAGAGGCCAAAAAACUGACUCAGACAACUGAGCUGUGCCGACUUCUAAAAGCUGCUGAGAAACUCGCAGAGAACUAUGAAACGAACUGGGACAGUGAUAUCGCUUCUAUGCUGCUUCUUCUCUAUCUCUUGCCACCCACAGCUGGACGGAAGAGGCCCAAAAUAAGUCCAAGUGAAGCAGUGGACAAAAUGGUGCACUUUCAUAAGGUACAAUAUUAUGCCUCAUUUGUAAAUUCCAUGAGACAAAUUUUAGUUAUAUGCACUUGCUAGAUUUACUAGAAAGUAAAAUGAGCAUGGCCGCACAGGCAUUCAUAACAGUGCCCAUUUCACUCGCGUGUGAGCGUGAAGCUCAACUUUCAUAAGAAUGAAGAGCCCGAUCUCAUGAAAGUGCGUAUCGAUAGCACGAUUUUCUGUUUCUAUGUGGCGUUCUAUUGGUACUAUUGUUACUUUUCUUGCACUUCUGAAUGCACUUCUGCAUAUGCACUUCUGGAGUACAUAUAAUACGUCCCUACCACCCACACCCCUACCCAAUGCGUAUCAUAUGCAUGCAAAAAGUAAUUUCAGUGUAUAGAUAGCAUGCCAAAUACAAACAUAAACUUGUGGUAAAGAUACACAUUGGUAGGAGAUUGUGUUGGAGCAAACUGAAAACGCUUGCUCCGCGCCAGUGGUCACGCACCGUUAUGAAUGGAGGUGACCAUUUUACUUUUACUUUUAAAUUAGCACCAAUUAGGGGGUGGCAAUUGCUUGGCGAUUGUUUCUACCUGGAUACAUGUUCAAACACAUGUAUCCAGUAGAAACCUGAUUCCUAAACAUCAUUUUAUGUUACAUUACCCGUCUUGUGUUCGAAAAAUUGGACCGUUAACACAUAUGUGGAGUAUGAGAUUUGAGGCAAAACACAGGGUUUUCAAAAGCACACUUAAAAACUUCAAGAACAUCACAGUAUCACUUGCCAAAAAACAUCAAAUGUCCAUAGCAUCCAAUUGGGAAACAUCUCCUUUGAACUAUGUUGAGUAUGGACCUUUGAAAACAUUUAAUGUGGACAAUGAGGAAAAUUGUGAAAUGUUUGCCCAAGCCCUGCCCGAUGUAGCAAAAGACACCGGGAUAGUGAUUUGCAGUGGCACAGAACAGGAAAUGCCUGUGUUUUGCAGAAUUAAAAAAAAUGCUUUUAGUCAACAGUGUGAUCUACUUCAUAGUGAACAAGCUUAUUGUUGACCAUUUCAGUGAGCACUUUCAUGCCUACAAUGUGUUUGAAAGUGAUGAAAAAGAUGUGAUAAAAGCGACAGAGAAAGCUUCGUUUUCCUCUCUGGAGACAAAACCAAACAAAAUCAAUCACUCUCUUGGUUGCCGUCAAAUUAUUUUUUAUCUAAGGUCUCAUUUACCGUGCUUAUUUUGAAGCCUAAGUACAAUCGGCAAAGUUUGCUAAUAAGCAUCCACUCUGCUCUUAUUGUGGAUGAAUCGGAAUGAAUGAAAAGAGAAUAAUCUGGAAACCCAUGUUUACCCACCUGUAGUGCAGACUGUAGCUUUCUUAGCAUCAGCCACAACUCUCUUCUGUUGAUGGAGAGAAACAAAACCUGUCAGUUUCCAAACUAGUUUGAAGUUUUUAUUUACAGAGAAUGACAUUAUAUAAAUAACAUUUUAUAUAACAUAAAACCAGAGAUCACUGACUGUCUUGUACCAGCUGCUC